AUGAAAAGGACACCGCCUCCAACACCGAAAAAGGCUACUGAUUGCCAUAAAGACCAACAGUCCUACGUGACAAACAGGCCUAACAAGAGACAGGCUAUGUCUACGUCUCCCAAUUCGCAAUCAGGUUCCAUGCCAGUCACACAACAAGAUGUACGAGAAAUAGUGAUGCCAGGCACACAACAAGAUGUGCGAGAAAUAGUGACGCCAGUCACACAACAAGAUGUGCGUGACAUAGUGAAUGAGGUUGUGCAAACACAGAUGAACCUCUUUAUGAUACAGAUAGGCGAAACUAUUUCACAAACUAUUUCAAACACUAUCAAUAAGGAAUUAUCUUCAUUAAAACAGGAAAUUGAAUCUGUCAAAAAUUCAAUGGAUUUUAUCAAUGAAAAGUUCGAAAACGCUAGCAAGAAUCAUGAAACUCUAACGAAAGAGGUGGAAAAUGUCAAGAUGGAAAAUAGUGCGUUGCAGAGCAGUGUAACGGAACUGACAAAUAAAAUUAACUUCCUGGAACAAAAUGCGCGAAUGAACAACGUGGAGGUGCAGUGUGUACCAGAAAACAGGAAUGAAAAUCUGAACUCCAUUAUAAUGCAGAUUGCAAGAACAGUGGGCUGCAAUCUUACAGAGGAAAAUGUACUUCACUGUGCUCGCGUUGCUAAAGGCGACAAGUCGAACACCCGUCCCAGAUCCAUAAUUGUUAAACUGUCAUCCACUAGGAUACGCGACGACCUUCUAGCAGCUAAUAUUAAGUUCAAUAAAUUAAAUAAAUCCAAUAAAUUGAACUCCGGACACAUUGGUAUUGCAGGCGAAAAACACCCAAUUUACAUCAUGGAACACUUAUCACCCGCAAACAAAUCUUUACAUGCGGCGGCCAGGAUUAAAGGCAAAGAAAUAGGAUAUAAGCACGUGUGGGUCCGGAAUGGCAGAAUUUUUAUGCGCAAGACUGAUGAUUCUGCAUACGUCUUGAUCAGAGACAAAGACUAUCUCAAUAAGUUAAAGUAG